GCUCUUUGUGACUCAGCAUUCAGAUGCAAAGCCAGCGAGCUGCACCUCGUGGAAAGGAGAUUGUUAUCAGGGUUUGCUAAAGUUUAAAGUAUCACCCCUUGGCAAGCAGAGAGAGGUAAGCUGUAAAAGUACAUGUUUAUAAAAGUGUAUAUUAUUAUUAUUAUUAUUUUAUUAUUAUUUAUAUAGCGCCAUCAGAUUCUGUAGCGCUGUACAAUGGCCUGUAUCGCUGUAUUAUGUUUUGGGACAUUAAUUGUGUCCAUGCCGUUAGUUAAGAUAUGUUGUGUAUAUAAGCCAACGUUUGUAUAAAAGUAUAGUCCAAAUCUCUGUGUAUAGCCUGUAUUCCUCAGAUGUUUAAUGUAAUAUCGAUUGUAUGCAGAUAUCUGAAUGCCACAUUUGUAAUCGUGUUUGUAACCCUUUCGAUGAAACUCCUGUAAACAAAAUGUAUUUGUAUGUCCUAUUACAGUUACACGGUGCUUAUGGUGCUGACGGCGCUCGAGGUGUCUUAAGAUAUUGACGUUGUUGGUGUUCAGAGCACUCCUGCAAACUUCUGAUGCAGCGAAUAAAUGACCGCACCCGCCAGAUGCCCUCCUCUCCUUUUUUUACUCGAUGCGAAAGGGACCGCUACAAUGGCCUCUCCACAGAGAUGGAUGAAUGGGGGAGGGACGAGCAACCCAAACCUCUGAUGGAAGCAGCACAGCGGGCAGAUGAGUACUUAGAUGCCCGACGGCCCCAACGUCCCACUACCUUCCGCAGCUACCAACCACUCGUGCGUCCUACACCACCGGUUCCUCUGACUUCAGCACCCCCAUCCAGAAGCCUACCGCCUCCAGUUCCAAUCCAGAGGGCACCGAAAAGGGCAGAUACUCAGUGCCAUCAAUGUCUCCA